GCGACCAGGAAGAGGAGGCGGCUCGAGGCAUGGAGCGGGCGGAGGCGUGGGCCGGAGACUCGCCGGGGACGCCGGAGCCUGAGGAGCUCGGCGGCCUUCCUUGGUGUAAAUGAGAAGGGCGGGGCGGGCGGACACCAGGGCGGCGGCGGUGGCCGUUGGGGUGUGACGGUCCCCGCCCCGCUCGGUUCCUUUCCGUCUUCCUGGCUGCGCCGAGAACCACCCUGCAUUGGUGUUUUGUAGCUAAGAGCAGGAGAGGGAUGGUUUCGUCCAGUAGGAAUAGGUUCAUGAUCAAGUGGUGCCGGCAGGAAGUUCUUCAUUCAGAGUCAUAGUACACGUGGAUCUGGAUUGCUUUUACGCACAAGUGGAGAUGAUCUCAAAUCCGGAACUAAAGGGCAAACCUUUAGGAGUUCAGCAAAAAUCUUUGAUGGUUACCUGCAACUAUGAAGCUAGGAAACUUGGAGUUAAGAAAUGUAUGAAUAUCAGAGAUGCAAAAGAAAAAUGUCCACAGCUGGUGUUAGUUAAUGGAGAAGACUUGACUCGUUACAGAGAGAUGUCAUAUAAGGUUACAGAGUUGUUGGAAGAAUUUAGUCCAGUUGUUGAGAGACUCGGAUUUGAUGAAAAUUUUGUGGACCUAACAGAAAUGGUUGAGAAGAGACUACAGCAGCUUCAAAAUGAUGAACUUUUAGCACUGACUGUGUCAGGUCAUGUAUACAAUAAUCAGUUUGUAAACCUGCAUGACGUCUUGCACAUCAGACUACUUGUUGGAUCUCAGAUUGCAGCAGAGAUGAGGGAAGCCGUAUAUAAUCGCCUGGGUCUCACUGGCUGUGCUGGAGUGGCUUCUAAUAAAUUAUUGGCAAAAUUAGUUUCUGGUGUCUUUAAACCAAAUCAACAAACAGUCUUAUUACCUGAAAGUUCUCAAGAUCUCAUUCAUAGUUUGAACCACAUAAAGGAAAUACCUGGUAUCGGCUAUAAAACUGCCAAACGUCUUGAAGCACUGGGUAUCAGUAGUGUGCGUGAUCUUCAGACCUGUUCAUCCAAAAUAUUAGAAAAGGAAUUAGGAAUUUCAGUUGCUCAGCGUAUCCAGAAGCUCAGUUUUGGAGAGGAUAACUCUCCGGUGAUGUCUUCAGGACCACCUCAGUCCUUUAGUGAAGAAGAUUCAUUUAAAAAAUGUUCAUCAGAAGUUGAAGUUAAAAAUAAGAUUGAAGAACUACUUGCUAGUCUUUUGAACAGAGUAUGCCAAGAUGGAAGGAAGCCACAUACAAUAAGGUUAACAAUCCGUCGAAAUUCAUCUGAAAGUUACUAUAGCCGCGAGAGUCGUCAGUGCCCUAUUCCAUCCCAUGUAAUUCAGAAGUUAGGGACAGGAAAUUAUGAUGUGAUGACCCCAAUGGUUGAGAUACUUAUGAAACUUUUUCGAAAUAUGGUGAAUGUGAAGAUGCCAUUUCAUCUUACCCUUUUAAGUGUGUGCUUCUGCAACCUUAAAGCACUAAAUACUGCUAAGAAAGGGACUAUUGAUUAUUACUUAACACAAUCAUUAUCAACAACUUCACGCUCUGGCAAGCGCGAUUUUAAAAUGAAAGACACUCAUGUGGAGGAUUUUUCUAAAGACAAAGAAACAAAUUUGGAUUUUCUACCAACUGAAAGAAUUGGAAGUGCAAGAACUGGGGAGUCUCCACUGGAUACUACAAAUUUUUCUAAAGAAAAAGACAGUAAUGAAUUUCUACGCUGCUCACUUCCUGAGGGUAUCGACCAAGAAGUCUUUAAGCAGCUUCCAGUAGAUAUUCAAGAGGAAAUCCUUUCUGGAAAAUCUAGAGAAAAAGUUCAAGGGAAAGGAAGUUUGAGUUGUCCAUUACGUGCCUCUAGAGGAAUAUUGUCUUUCUUUUCUGCAAAACAAAUGCAAGAUAGUCCCUUAAAUCCUAGAGAUCGUUUAUCCAAUAGCAAACAGCUGUCCUCUGUAUCUCCCUGUGAACCAGGAACUUCAGGCUUAAAUAGCAGUAGUUCCUCUUGUGUGUCUAACCGAAAGGAUUAUUCACAUUGUACAGACAGUAGAUUAAAAGAUGAACGAAUGGGCCAAGGACCUAAAGAAUCUCAAGGAUUCCACUUUUCGAAUACAAACCCCACUGCAUCUGUUUUUCAUUCGUUUCGAAAUUUGCAGAGUGAGCAACUUUUCUCCAAAAACCGAACUGCAGAUAGCCAUAAGCAAUCAAUAGCAACAGUCUCUCAGCAUGAAGGACUUAUGAAAAAUAGAGAGCAAGAUUGUACUGAUAAGAAAGUCACUUUUCCUUCUGACAUUGAUCGUGAAGUUUUCUAUGAACUACCAGAAGAAGUACAAAAAGAAUUGUUGGCUGACUGGAAGAGAACAGGAUCAGAUUUCCAUAUUGUACAUAAAUAAGCACGUUCAGAAAAAAGGUCUAAGAAAGCAAGGGAAAGACUACUGUUCUCAGAUUAGCACUUUGUUAAGCUCUUCUAAAUUAAACACUACAUUCAAUAAUGUAGAAAUCCAGUAUAAAAUGUUCUGGAUAAAGCAAGAAUAGUUAUGGGAAGUAAAUUCUGGCACAGCGCAUAAAAAUAUUUAUGACAGAAGAAAUAAUGUAAAAUAUUACCUUCUCUGAUUUCUAAGGCUAUUUUAUAUUGCUUUUCAAUAAAAAGAAUAUCAUGGUUAGCAAUAGUGCAUUUUCCAUAAAUUGGGGGGAGGAUAUAUAUGCUUACAUAUAAAAAAUAGACUAGCCAAAUCCCUGCUAUGCUAUAGCAAAGAAAUUUUUUUUUUCUAUGAAAUAUGGAAUGGCUCAAGAAAUUCAGCCCAUUAGGAAACAGCCAAAUAAGAAAUUCUGCUGCCAAAUAAUCUAUUAAAAAUGUAGAUAUCUUUGACUGCAGUACUAUGCACCAUAUAAUAAGUUGACUUUUAAAAAAAUACCGAAGCAGUCUAUAUUCAAUUAAUGCUUCUUAAUAUACCUAGAACCUAUCACAAUACCCGGCACACCAAGGGUACUCAGUAAAUAUGGAAUGAAUGAAUAGUGUGGCAGGGACCAUGUGGGGAGUUGGAUGGGGAGUGUGUGUGUUGUAGAGAACUAGAAGAACUCUCCAUACAGAUAGACUAAGGGAAGGAUGGAAACCAGAAAUGUAAGGUAAUAGGUCUUUAAGAGUACUAGAUAAUGGAAGAAGUCCAUUUCCUUCUGGCCAGUCUGUAGAGUUUACAAGCAAUGGAUUAGAUGUUUUUGCAUUUUCUCCACAUUUUGGAGAUAAGAUUAAGGACGUCAUCCUUACAACAAAGUUAACUAAAUUAGACAAAGUUACUAAAUUGAUGUACAUUCUCUUUCUCCUGUUGUUACUUUCCCCUUUUGCCUGCCAGAUUAAAAGUUGGAUGUAAGAUUGUGGACAUCUUAUAAUUUACAAGACAUAGAAGAUGGUUUUAGAACACACUAAAGUAUCCCUCAGCGCUGGUUUGGAGGAGUCUUGUUCUCAGGUUUAUAAACUCUGCAGAUAUAAUCUAAAGAAAAGAUGAUGGAAAUAACGCAAACAUAAAUAAAGGAUAGCUUAAAAAUACUUUCUUCUAGGUAAGAAGUUUUAACUCAGUUUUAGAUUUCUUGAAAUUUGAAAAUUCCCUAAUUACCAAGGAUUUUUAACAGGGAGUUUGGGGUUAUCAAAAACAAUAUCUUGGAGCAAGAACAUCAAAAGUUAUUUGCCAUGCAAAUAUUUAGUGCUCUGGAUCAAGGACUGUAGAAUUUUCUAUUUGUAGUGUUCUGGUAGGGUACUUAAACUUGUAAAAGGAGUAUAUUACUUUUUUAGAUAAUACAUUAAAAAAAAUUCUUUUUUUUAAUGUGUAAAAAAUUUAUAAUUUUUAUUUUUUUCGGAUGUACAUCAU